UGAGAUCAAAAGCUAUAAUGAAUAUCAGAAGCAUGUAGGAGUCAAGCUGCAAGAGAAACAUCCCCUUCGAGAGCAAAUAAUAGCUGUUUAAGUCUUAGACGACACACACCUUUGGGUUACGGCAUUGCGGCUUGAGGCGGAGGCGAUACAAAAAGUGAAAGGUAACGAAAACGGUACUACUCUGAAGAUUGUUCAAGCCAAUGCUAGGCAUCACCAGAUAUCAUAUCUGUACGAAAUGGCGAAAGAAUUGGCAGCCGUAAAUACAUGCGGACGCUGCGAACGCUAAAUGGACGAACGCACAGGCUUCGAUAUGCUGUCGCGACGAAAUCGCUUCUCGUGCGCUUGUCACGUCCAUUUCGAUUCUAACCCCAUCUUUUCUCCGAGCGUCUAUAAUAUCUUCAAUUGCGAAGGCUGUUAUCGGAAGACCGGAUUUGCGUGCUGGAUUCAUUGGAAGCAAAUAGCCGUCUUGCUAAGCGCGAGUUGCCGAACGUUGUCGCGAAAGCUCGGGCCCCCAAGAAAUCAGAAUUUCAAAGCCAGUUGCAUUCUUCAGGUUUGCAAUCUCGAUCUCAGGUCAAUUCCUAAUCAACUUGUCUCUGGGGUGCAUUGUACGUUACAAUGCAUGGAGAGAGAAAACAAUGUCCGCCAAUGCCAAAGAGGUGAUGAAGGACAAGAUUGUCCGCAAGGUCCCUAUACAUUAUCCCUUCUGGUUUGGCGGCAGCGCAAGUUGCUUCGCAGCUUGUGUGACCCAUCCUCUGGAUUUAGUAAAGGUUCGACUACAAACACAAUCUCAUGACGGACCUCGACGGAACAUGGUACAAAUGUUCGCGCAUGUGGCGAAACAGGAUGGAAUAAAAGGCUUGUACAGAGGUCUUUCCGCCUCUAUACUUCGUCAGAUGACGUAUAGCACCACCCGAUUUGGUGUAUACGAAGAGUUGAAGCAAAUAUUUGCCACAAAGCGAGAGAAGAAAACUUCUUUCUUGACUCUCGUUGGCCUUUCAUCCUUCUCAGGAUUUCUCGGCGGCGUUGCCGGGAAUCCAGCCGAUGUUCUAAAUGUGCGGAUGCAACAUGAUGCCUCGCUACCUCCAGAAAAACGGCGCAACUAUAAACAUGCACUAGAUGGAUUGCUGCGAAUGUAUCGAGCUGAAGGUUGGAAGUCACUCUGGAAAGGUGUCUGGCCCAACUCAUUGCGCGCCACGCUCAUGACGGCGAGUCAGCUCGCAAGCUAUGACAUAUUCAAGAGCGUACUUCUCAAACAAAUGGAUAUGAAGGACAACCUCACAACGCACUUCACCGCCUCGUUUCUCGCUGGAUUUGUUGCAACAACCAUUUGCUCUCCAGUUGAUGUCAUUAAGACUAGGGUCAUGAGUGCCACAGAACACACAGGCUUAAUCACGCUUCUCACACAAACAACACAUAAGGAAGGGCUUACUUGGAUGUUCAGGGGAUGGGUGCCAUCGUUCAUUAGACUUGGGCCGCAUACAAUUUUCACGUUCAUCUUUUUGGAACAGCAUAAAACGGCAUAUAGAUAUCUGAGAGGGUUGGACACAUAGAUGUUGCGGACAAUUGUAUUUACCUUUUGGCAUCUAUUACGGAGUUUUUUUUUUGCAUUUGCUGUGUUUAUUCGUGGGUGGUCUUUGUUGGAUCUUAUGGCUGCAAGUCAGUGACCUUUCUAUAUGCACUAUUGGCUUCUGAGUAGAGCAAAAGAAAACAUAGCUGGGAUAACAGUGGUUUGUAUAGUAAAUGGAUACUUUGAAGCAAUAUGAUAUGUAACUUGAUCUUA